AAUAAACACGCGGCCAGGUUUAUACUUGUCUUUCGAAAGCAAAGCAAGAAGUAGGGUUUUAGCUUUCACAAAAAAAAAAAAAAACCAAGAAGCAAUGCCUAAGUCGAAGCGUAAUAGAGCCGUCACCUUAUCUAAGACAAAGAAGAAGGGAAAGGAGCACAAAGAAAGUAUUGUUAAUUCAAUAAGGGAAUGUGCGGAAAAGUAUUGUUCAGCUUAUGUGUUUAGUUUUGAGAACAUGAGAAAUCUCAAGUUUAAGGAGUUCAGAGACCAGCUAAAGUCUUCUAGCAGAUUUUUCCUUGGGUCGAAUAAAGUCAUGCAGGUAGCACUAGGCCGAUCAGUUGCAGAUGAGAUUCGGCCCGGCCUUCAUAAGAUUUCUAAGCUUGUACGUGGAGAUUCAGGGCUUUGCUUUACUAAUUUAUCAAAGGAAGAGGUCCAAAGGUUGUUUAGCGAGUUUGAAGAACAUGACUUUGCAAGGACUGGCACUACAGCAGCAGAAAAGGUGGAGCUACAAGAAGGCCCUCUUGACCAGUUUACACAUGAGAUGGAGCCAUUCCUGCGGAAGCAAGGGAUGCCAGUAAGGUUGAAUAGAGGUGUUGUGGAGCUUGUGUCUGACUAUGUUGUAUGUGAAGAAGGGAAGCCAUUGUCACCUGAGGCAGCUCGCAUACUGCGUCUACUUGAUAUCAAGAUGGCUACUUUCCGGCUUAGCUUAAUAUGCAGGUGGAGUCCUAAUGAAUUUGAACUCUACAGAGAAGGAUUGGAAGAAUCAGAUAUUGAAUCCUCAUAGUCUGCUCUGGAACCUCUGAGACAGGCGACUCAUGUUUUAUUAAAGUUGUACGCUAUGGGCAUCCUGAGAGAUGCUCCUACUACCUCUUGCUAGCUGAAGUUGUUGUAUAAGGGAGUGUUUUUUUUACUUGGUCUCAAGAAAUUACUUGACCAGUCAUCAGUUUUGGCAAUAUUAACUUUGGCAUUCAGACCUCAGUAUGUGUGGGAAAAGUGUUUGAAUUAUUUUUGACUGUUCGAUGUAACAGACUUUAUGUAAAAUCUUUUACUAAAGUAUAUCGUGACAACUUAUUUUGUUCUCGUA